UCCUCGCCCGCCGGGUGCUGAAGUUGGGCGGAUGGCAGCCGAGCGGCUCCGCUAGAGGACCGAGCAGCCCAGCCCCGCGCCCCCGGCCCCCUCGGUGCGCCGCCCACACCUCCAGGCGACUCGCCACUUGGGUUCUGAAGUAGCUGAGAUGCGAAAAAGACAGCAGUCACAAAAUGAAGGAACCCCUGCUGUGUCUCAAGCACCUGGAAACCAGAGACCCAACAACACAUGUUGCUUCUGUUGGUGCUGUUGCUGCAGCUGCUCCUGGAACGAAGAGAGAGGGGACGGUGCGGGAAGACCCACGCACACCACAAAACUGGAGGGCGUCCAGGUGCUAGAGGAAUGCCAAAACCCCACUUCAGAUGAAGUCUUGUCCUGGUCUCAAAAUUUUGAUAAGAUGAUGAAGGCCCCAGCAGGAAGAAAUCUCUUUAGAGAAUUCCUCCGGACAGAAUACAGUGAAGAGAACCUCCUUUUCUGGCUUGCCUGUGAAGAUUUAAAGAAAGAACAGAACAAAAAAGUAAUCGAAGAAAAGGCCAGAAUGAUUUAUGAAGAUUAUAUUUCCAUACUUUCACCAAAAGAGGUGAGUCUCGAUUCUCGAGUUAGAGAGGUGAUCAACAGAAAUCUGUUGGAUCCUAACCCUCACAUGUAUGAAGAUGCCCAGCUUCAGAUAUAUACUUUAAUGCACAGAGAUUCUUUUCCAAGGUUUUUGAACUCUCAAAUCUAUAAGUCAUUUGUUGAAAGUACUGCCAGCUCUACUUCUGAAUCUUAAUUUUCAUAAAAAAAAAUCAUUUCGGAGGGCUGGGAUGGGAAGUAAAAGUAGUUACAUCACAUCAGAAACCGAGUUCCUGGAGAACUACAGCUUAGCAUUCCUCAGGCUACUGUGAAAAAUAUGACCACAUGGUCUUUGUCUUCAUUUUUAUCAAGGUUAUCCAUGGUUAAGUUUGGAGGAAAUACCACACCACAUUAUGAAUUGCCAAAUUAAGUUUGUUUUAUUCAGCACUCAUCUACUUGCAAGCAAACUUGUAUUUGUAGUUCUACAAACAGUCUCCUAGUGUAUCUCCAGAGACUGCAUGUGCAACGUAAAACUGCUUCAUUUGCCACGUCGUUGUACUAUUUAACCCAAUGGCAUAACUUAUAUCUGUAUUUAAGGACUUUUGUGCAAUAUGGUCUUCUAGAAAUAAUUGCCAAAAAAUGGCUGUGGUUUGCAUUUUUAAAUAUAAUCUAAGACAGAAAAAGGCAAUUUUUAAUUUGUAACCAUGGUAUUCAAUAUGCUAUAUACUGUGUUCAGUACCCUAAUUUUGAAGCCAAUAUUUCUGUACAUGAAAAAGAGCUAUUUAUCUUUGUUUGUUGGAAAAUCCAAUGGGGAAUUCCUCUGGUUGUUCACUGCCAAAACUGUGGCGUUUCAUUACAGCAGAGUUUGCUAUGUAAAAAACAAAAUUAGAAGGGGAAAAAAAAAAGCACAAUACUAUUUGAAGAUAUUCUAUUUCAAGGACAAAUCAAAGAAUGAUAUUGUUUUUAACUGUAAUAGAGGAAAAUGAAUCUAUGUAUAUAUCAGAUGUCCAAUACUGUAAUUAACUUAUUAAAGACUGGCUCUCCAGUUCUAAAAUGGUUGUGUAAAGUAUGUACUUUAGCAGGAAAAAAAAAUAAGCUUGAUAACUUAGUUUUGGAAUAUAAAGAACGUAUUUAAUAAAGGAAUGCUUACAUGUAGCGUCAUAAAACAUUUUGAUGAAUAGCAUCUGUCCGGUGGUAUGGUAUAUUUUCCUUGAAAGUGAAAUCCAAUGAAAAGCUGUUUUUAACCAAGGAAGGUUUUAUAAGGGUUAUAAAGAAGAUAAUUCUCUACUUUGGAACUUAACUGUUUUCACAUAGUAUCUUAAGAAUGACUUAUUUUUAAAUGCUAAAAGCAUACUAUUAAUUCUCAUCCAUAAUUGAAAGGCAAUACAGUGCUCAAAUCUUCUAGCUGCCAUCUUAUUUUUUAUAAGUACCACUAAAUCUUUAAGACAAAAAACUUGCCUGACAUUGGCAGGUACUUUUGACAUUCAAGAAAAUAGUAUCGUGUACACGCACACAAAAGUCAGUGUCAUAUUUAUAGCAAAGUGUUACAUUUGAAUUUGAAUAUCGGUAUCCCCUGGAAGCUAUUUUUUUAAUCUUAAAUAUUGAGUAAUCUAAAAUAAAAGUUUUAAAAAUA